AUGCACGCCCCCUUUUCCCUUUGUUGCCCCUCCAUCGAAUUCCUGCCGCGCCCCCGACCCGAAUCCCCCUGUCGCACUCCCUUUGCUGCCUUCCUUGUACCCGACAUCAUUCGACAGCGACAAACCCUCUUGGCCGAAGCGCUUGCUUGA